ACUAAACAUGCUUAACUCAAAUCUCCAUGACCUUAAACCAAAAAAAAUAAAAAAAUAAAAAUGGAAGCUUGUUACAAUAACAUUCCAUGGGUGAUCAUUAUAGUUUUUAUCCUAGUAAUUAUAAUAAUCCCUUGUGCUGUAGGGGGAAAAGUUCCAGCAAUUAUAGUAUUCGGGGACUCGACGGUAGACAGUGGCAACAAUAACCAGAUAUUGACUAUUGUUAAGAGCAAUUUCGAGCCAUAUGGUCGUGACUUUUAUGAUAAAAAGCCAACAGGAAGAUUCAGCAAUGGGCGGAUUCCAACAGAUUUGAUGUCUGAGGCUUUUGGUUUGAGACCAUUUGUCCCUGCUUAUUUGGAUCCUAUGUAUAACAUAUCUGAUUUUGCUCUUGGUGUUUGUUUUGCUUCUGCUGGUUCUGGUUGGGACACUACCACUAAUCAACUUGCUAAUGUGAUGCCAUUGUGGAAGCAAGUAGAGAACUUCAAGGAGUAUCAGAAGAAACUAGAAACAUAUGUUGGGGCCAAUAAAUCAAACUACAUAAUACAAGAAGCACUGUAUGUUGUGAGCACGGGAACUAAUGAUUUCUUAAACAAUUAUUAUUCACCAACAAGCACACGGGCGUUGCACUACACGAUAGAACAAUUUCAAGGCUUCCUUAUUGGACUUAUAGAGAAUUUUAUUAAACAAAUUUAUCAACUUGGAGCUAGGAAAAUAUCAUUUACUGGACUUCCUCCAAUGGGUUGUGUACCUAUGGAAAGAGCAGUAGAUUUGAUACAAGGACGUGGAGAUACAUGCAUUGAGAAAUAUAAUGAUGUUGCUUUGCAUUUUAAUGACAUGUUGAGUGGUUUGGUUCACAAGUUAAAUGGGGAGCUUCCUGGCCUUAGAAUGGUUUUUGCUAACCCAUAUGAUGCCUUACUUCAAAUGAUCAAAGACCCUUCCUCAUUUGGAUUCGAGGUGACAGGUAUAGCAUGUUGUGGCACAGGAUUAUUUGAAGCGAGUUACUUGUGUAAUAAGCUUCAGCCACUCACAUGUCCAGACGCAGAUAAGUUCGUAUUUUGGGAUUCUUUCCAUCCCACCCAGAAAACUAACCAAAUUCUUGUCAAUUCCAUGAUGAAAAAUGUCCUCAAUCAAUUUUUAUAGAUUUUGUACGUAGAUUUCAGAGUAUUUAUACCUUGUCUUGCUUUUCAUUUAAUUUGAUAGAAUGUCCUAAGGGUUAGCGUCUUGGAGAUAUUGAUAGAGUAAUUGCUGUAAGUCAUGGGUUUAAGCUAUGAAAACAACCUCUUGCAGAAAUAUAGGGUAAGGAUGUGUACAGUAAACCUUGUGAUUCGACCAUUUCUUGAACCCCGCACAUAGAAAGAGUUUUUUUUGUUUUUCUAGAAUUUUUCUUUUAGCAAAGAGAGAGCCAAAUGAUCCAUUUUCUUAAUAAAACAUAUGUACAAACUGACACACAUAGCGGGAGCUUUAAUGAAUGCGACCGUUUUCCCCCCUAGAAAGUACUUUCCAGAGUUUUGAUAAUAAAACAAUAUAUUGUGUAUAUUGGUCAUAUCAAGAAGGUGAUAUUUGUACUCUUCAUUUCAAUACGUUAAUGUAAUUUGUCUUGGAUUC